UGUGCAGAGCUUGCCCAAUAUGUCCAAGACACCCCAGCAAAUGAAGGGCUGAGUGCAAAAGCAACACAAAACUACAAAACUGCAGACAACUUGAGGAUGGUGUGCAAAAUUCUCGUGCUUCACCGACAGCGAAACUCAAACGUCUACCUGUCAGACGGCGCACACAGCUGAAUCUGCAAAGACAACAGGACAGAUAACAGCGGCUUGAGAUCCCGACAACAUGCCAUUCAAACCUCCAGAGCAAGCCAGGUGCCCCAAGUGCGGCAAGUCGGUCUACGCGGCCGAGGAGAAGGUUGCUGCCGGCCAAAAAUGGCACAAGUUCUGCUUCAAGUGCGGUUUGUGCAACAAGCUUCUAGAGAGCACCAACGUGGCGGAGCACGAGGGCGAGCUGUUCUGCAAGGUGUGCCACGGCCGUAAGUACGGUCCCAAGGGCUACGGCUUCGGCGGCGGUGCCGGCGCUCUGGGGAUGGACAAGGGAGAGCGAUUCGGCAACGUGGAGUGCGAAAUGGACACCAAGCCCAGGGAGCAGGUGGUUGGUGCGGGCGCCAGCAGCAGCACGGGCCCCAAGUGUCCUCGCUGCGGCAAGACUGUGUACGACGCCGAGCGCGCCAUCGGCAGCACUGUGCCAUGGCACAAGAGCUGCUUCAACUGCAAAAACUGCCACAAGUCCCUGGACUCCACCACCAUGGCCGCACACGAGAAUGAGGUGUACUGCAAAACUUGCUAUGGCAAAAACUUCGGACCAAAAGGAUUCGGUUUCGGCCAGGGGGCUGGGACCCUGAGCAUGGGCUGAGCCAAGUCAUGUCAUCAGAUGUCGUCAGAUGUCAGACAUGGUCUGUUGACUGUGGCAGUGUCUUGCGUCCACAAUAUGCUAAUGCACCUCCUCUCGCUUCGUAUCUGCGCCACAGUGUCGUACGAUCAUGUGUACAGUAAAUAAGUCUGUUUACGAGGCCAUCGCCACGUGUGAGUAUUUCGUAGCUGGUAUAUCAACACUCGCUUCAAGUUAUCAUGGUAUGGAAAAAUAAUGAAAAUAAAAAGUAAUUUGUUCUGUGUGUACAUUUUCGUCUAUAAAAUUCUCAACCAUAAGCUAUGAGGGGGAGAUAAAUACUUGUACCGUGUAUUUCGAGUAUACUGCACGCUUACACAAGGGAGACUUUCAUUCUUUCUUUUCUACAUAUUGUGACAAAAAUAUCCUCGCCAUCAUAUUGUUUGAUUAACAAUGAUAGUUUCCAGUCAUAAUCUUUCAUUAGACUUUGACUUUCCUUCCAUUGAUGCCAUCCGUGUUUGUAGUCAUCCAUGUAGAGAACUUACAUUCUGAGGCCAUAAUUGUUUCCAAAUCCCAGGCAAUUCACAUGCAUGCAACCUUUUGUUAUCUUCCAUUUUUUCACUGUUGAAAACCUUCCUAUGUUAGAUGCUGCAGAUGCCUAUAACAUCCCGGUUAUCUUAACGUAUUUCCACGGUUUGUGUAAACCCCCAAUAAAUAUUUACCUGCCAUCUGGCAA